AUGACGAACAAAGACUGCAGAGACGCCAUGGACCUUGAACAGUAUCAGUACGACAAACUUCCUCCUGGCCGCUGGUUCCGCCAACUCCAUAUUCUCCCAGGACAGCCAGAAGACCCCCUUUUAUGCAGCCUAGUCACUGUUUCUCUUGAUGAAGCGCCUCCUUACAAGGCUCUGUCCUAUGUCUGGGGAGAUCCUACGAAGACGGCUAGUGUUAUUUGCUCCGAAUUUCAGAGGGAAAUCACCAUAAGCUUAUUGGAAGGCCUCAGGCGCAUCAGACGAUCAGACCGAGUCGAAGUAGCAUGGGCUGAUGCUAUUUGCAUCAACCAAGCCAGUAAUUCAGAGAAAGAACACCAGGUCAACCUCAUGGCCGAUAUAUACGACCGUGCUGUUGAAGUUGUAGUCUGGCUGGGCAGCGACCCUGAACGCCUGGCCGAUAAUGCUUUUACUAGUUUGGUCAACGCCAACUCAGCUAUCAGGACUGGCACCCAAAAUAGUUGGUCUACGGUUCCAGACGCCAGCAUUGCCCUCAUCUCUCAAAAAGAUCCGUCAGAGAAGCACUCUUACCCCGUCAACGUGCUCAGGAGUACUUUACCACAGCUCUUGGGCAAAGUCAAGUCAGAAGCCAUUAAGAGUCUAUUCCAACUGACGUGGUUCACCCGGGUCUGGGUUCUCCAAGAAGUCGGGCUAGCAACAAGCGCCAUUGCAUAUUGGGGUGACUGCAGUAUUGACUUCAGCGAAAUUGCCACCUUUAUUCACUUUGCAACGGGCGACGAGUAUCUCAUCAGAGAACUUGGACAAGAAAUUAAUGAAAUCAUAUCGGGCUCGCCGUACUACGCUUUCUGGAAUGUCUGGUCGACUUACAACAAGCCGGGCGGUUGGAUGGAUACCACGCCAGUCUUGAAAGCAUUCACCAAAGCGUUGGAAGCAGAGUGUAACAUUGACUUUGUUCUCGUCCUGGAAGCUUCUCGGCGAUUUAAUGCAACGAAUCCGCUGGAUCAUAUCUUUGCGUUCUUGGGACACCCAAAAGCGGUGCUCGCGGAAACAGGGAGGCCUUUGAUUCAGGCUAACUACAGUCUGAGUCUCGAUGAACUUCAUCUGCUAGUAGCUGGCAGUCUGGCGAAACAGUCACUCAAUUUCCUGGUACAAGUUCAAAACGGCCCUCAUAAUCUUGAUCUUUCAACCGGCAUUCCUUCAUGGAUUCCCCACUGGAAUGUCAAUAACGAAGAUGCCCCUUCAGCUUUCUGGGAAGCCUGGGACACGAGUCUUCGGAUCGCGAGACAAAUUCCUUCGACGGCGAGGGUCCUAGGAAACGAGCUUUUAGUAAACGCCAUCAUUUUCGAUACAGUCAGCUUACAGACAAAAGCCAUGGCGAAGACGGACUUUGAACGGUUCUCUUGGGGCCCCGGCAUAUUGAUCGAAGAAUGCUGGAACCUUACUGAGCAGGCCGCAAAGACCUCUCCGCCUCAGUAUAGCGACCAUCAGGUCCCUCUUGCAUUUGCGUCGACCCUAACAUGUCAUUACAAAACCAAAAAUGAUGCAGAAGACACAAUGAAGCUUCUUGAAGAUCUGACGCAAUACUGCGCUGCUGUGAACCCAUCCUUCUUUAAUGCUAAGUUGAAGAGGUACGACGUUUCAUAUCGACUUCUUCCUUUGCAACAGAGAUACUUGGGAACAAAAUUCACCAAUUACGGAACAAAUAGACGGUUCUUCGUAACCAAAGACGGGUAUUGGGGAUUGGGUCCUCCGCUUAUGCAGCCAGGAGAUGUAUGUGCGGUGUUAAUGGGAGGUGAUGUUCCAUUUAUACUGCGGCCUACCGGUGAGGAAGGGAAGUUCAAGCUUGUUGGUCAAGCGUACAUUUACGGCGUCAUGUAUGGUGAAAUUGUAGACAACACAAGUCACAGCAUGAGCCAGGUUAUGCUGAGUUAG